CAAUCAACACACUGUUCCUUCUCCUCCUCGAUCCAAACUCUUGUUUUAAUUAUUCCUCUCUCGUAUAUUUAUAAAAAAAAAAAAACAAAACCGAAACCACUGUUUCCUUUCACCUCCCAGAUUUGCUUUUUUCAAAUUUCCUCUCUAGAUUUCAGAAAACUUUCCUCUUUUGUUUAAUUCAAAUCCAAAGGGUCUCCUCUCUCACUAGGAAUCAUGAGAUGAAGAUUUGAGGAGAAAGCUUGUAAUCAUUAGGGUUUCCAAAUUAUCCAAAAGUAGAAACCUUAUUUUGUUCCGGAUCUGUGGUUCUGUCGGGGGGAUGAAGAAUGUUCAGUCCUAACACAACAUUUUAAGCUUCCUCUUUCGAUUUCCAUGGCUAUGUUCAAGCAGUUCCUCAGCAAGCUUCCUCGGAAGUCGUCCUCAAAACCCGACUCCACCUCGGAUCCAUCCGGAUCCAGCGUCGUCAGAUCCAACUCCGUCAAACGCAUGUCCUCCGCCGUCUUCCCCUCCAGCGUCGUCGCCGGAAUCGAGCCUUUGGUCCCCUUCAAAGACGUCCCGACCUCCGAGAAGCUAAACCUCUUCGUCUCCAAACUCAGCCUCUGCUGCGUAACCUUCGACUUCUCCGACCAAACCAAGAACUCACUCGAGAAAGACGUCAAAAGACAGACUCUCCUCGAGCUCCUCGACUUCGUAUCCUCCUCCUCCUCCGUUAGGUUCACCGAGCCAGCCAUCCUCGCGAUGUGCAAGAUGUCAGCCGUUAAUCUCUUCAGAGUAUUCCCUCCUAGUUACCGAGAGAGAAACGAUAGUGAUGAUAAUGAUCCCACGUUCGAACCUGCUUGGCCUCACCUGCAGAUCGUUUACGAUCUGCUGCUUAAGUUCAUUACGUCUCCUUGCCUAGACGCUAAGUUAGCUAAAAAGUAUCUAGACCACGGGUUUAUACUAAGGCUCCUCGAGUUGUUCGACUCCGAGGAUCCGAGAGAAAGAGAAUGUUUAAAGACAAUCCUCCAUCGCGUCUACGGGAAGUUCAUGGUUCACAGACCUUUUAUCCGCAAAGCAAUGAGCAACAUCUUCUCCAGCUUCGUCUUCGAAGCCGAGAAGCGCGGCGGCGGGGGAGGAAUCGCCGAGCUUCUCGAGAUUUUCGGGAGCAUUGUGAGCGGUUUCGCUUUGCCUCUCAAAGAGGAGCAUAAGAUCUUCCUGUGGAGGGUGUUGAUUCCGUUGCACAAGGCUAAAUCCGUUGGGGGGUACUUUCACCAGCUGUCGUAUUGUGUGACUCAGUUUAUUGACAAGGAGCCGAAGCUUGGGAGCGUUGUGAUCAAAGGGUUGUUGAAGUUUUGGCCUGUGACGAAUAGUCAGAAGGAGGUUAUGUUUCUUGGGGAGGUUGAGGAGAUUGUGGAGGUGAUGAGUUUGGUGGAGUUUCAGAAGGUGAUGGUUCCUUUGUUCUUGAGGAUUGCUGCUUGUGUCAACAGUUGUCACUUUCAGGUUUCUGAGAGAGCUUUGUUCUUGUGGAACAACGAUCAGAUUGUGAAUUUGAUUGCACAGAACAGGCAAGCCAUCUUACCGAUCAUGUUCGCUGCCUUGGCGAAGAACGCUGAGAGCCACUGGAACCAGUCCGUGCUGAACUUAACUCUAAACGUGAGGAAAAUGUUUUGUGAGAUGGACGAGGCUUUGUUCAUGUCUUGCCACACGAGGUUUCAGGAGGACGAAGCAGAGCAAUGCUCUGCGGAGGAGAAGAGGAAAGAAACAUGGGCGAGGCUAGAGAAGGCGGCAAGUAUGAAGCCUGUAACUGGAAAGACAGCUGUUCUUGUAACUCCUUUAGCAACCUCCAUUGCCUGCUAAAUGAAGAUGAUGGAAUGGCUGUUGGUUAAGCUAUGGUCUGGAUUUGAUCUUUGUAAUGUUAUAUAGUUUUGAUGUUGUUAGCUUAUGUGGUGGGUUUUGUGCUAAAUCUCUUGCUUUAAAAGUGAGGAAGCCUUGAAACCAUGCUGCAGAUUUCUAUAUGAAACUCUUUGUAUUCAAUUAAGUUUAUAUAAGAAGCCAUUUUCAACAA